CUCUGAACUCACUUAUUCAUGUAAUGUGACCACAGCAGGAAAGUACACCUGAGAAAUACAAAAGAAUAUGGUGCUACCAAGAGUACCAAUGCUGCAUCACGGACAGUAGCGCAACCAGGAGAAGACACAUGAUUUCCUCUGGGUUUCCUGAGGAAUAUACUCACUUCUUAGCUUUGUUGAAAAUGAAAAUUCAGAGUGUGAUUAACUGAUAAUAGUAAAAUUGUGCAAAAUGACAAUGCAGAACACUCCAGGGAUCACUUAGAGUCUCGGCAUAAAUGAGUAAUAUGGCGCGGGCUUGAUCCUCACUCGCCUACCACCACCUGACAGCUGGUGAUCCCUCCAAGAGCGGUGAUGAACUAUGGACGGAACCAAUAGCACAGCAGUGGCAGAGUUCAUUUUUCUAGGAUUUCCAGGCUCUUCCGCCCUGCAGCUGGCAUUAUUUGUGAUGUUUCUCACUGUGUAUUUGCUGUCUCUAAUGGGGAACACUCUCAUAAUCUUCCUUAUUCUGAUGGAUUCCACACUGCAGACACCCAUGUACAUUUUCUUAGGGAACUUGUCCUUCCUGGAGAUCUGGUACACUACAGCCACAGUACCUAAGUUGCUGGCUACAUGUGUCACGAAGGUUGUCACCAUUCCUGUCGCGGGCUGUAUUGCUCAGUACUACUUCUUCUUCUCCCUGGGAGCCACUGAAUGCAUCUUGUUGGCAGUGAUGGCUUAUGACCGGCACGUGGCUGUAUGCCGUCCUCUACACUACUCACUUCUCAUGAGUGGGCAGAUUUGCCUAAGGUUUUCAGCUGGGUGUUGGAUUGGGGGCUUUAUUGCCCCUUUGCUCCCCACCAUACUCAUCUCUCAGCUGAACUUUUGUGGCCCACAAAAAAUCAACCAUUUCUUUUGUGACUCGGACCCGAUCUUUAAACUCUCCUGCUCAGACACAUUCUUGGUGGAGGCCUUGGGUUACACCUGCAGCUCUGUGGUGAUUCUCAGCUCUUUCCUUCUCACAAUGAGCUCUUACGGCAACAUCGUGGUCACAAUAAUCAAGCUGUCUUCCCUGGAGGCUCGGAAGAAAACGUUCUCAACCUGUGCCUCCCACCUCACAGUGGUUACCAUCUACUAUGGCACCAUAAUCUUUGCUUACGUCCGCCCUCCAGCCAAAUACAAUUUUACAAUUGGAAAAGUGGUCUCAGUGUUUUACUGUGUGAUUACUCCAUUAGUCAACCCUCUCAUAUAUACCCUGAGGAACAAAGAUGUGAUGAAAGCUUUCCACAAAUUUCUAGUACGAAAGAAAUUUCUAUUAAACAGAAACAUGCAAGAGCUUUGAGAAGGCAAUGAUUGUUUUGUUUAGAGAGAAUUCUCAGAUCUCAUUUGCUCACGUGCAGCUUAGGAAUAAAAGAUAGCAAAGUGUUAGAAGAAGCUAAUCACAAACAUCUUCAUGGUGAGAGUUCACAUGAGAGCCCCUUUAAAGAGCAGCAUUGUGACUGAGCACCAUCAGAAUGAUUGAAGAGAAUGUACAUUACCACCCUAGAUCCAGAAUGAAAAUUUGCAGUGCAAAAAAUCGCCAGUUGAUACUACCCAGAGUGAAUCUUGAAAAUCACAAUUUGAGGAGUUUAAGAGACGAAAAUAAAGUCACAGUUCAGCUCACUGCUCAAGUUCCCUCGUGAAAUGUUUCUUGAACGCAAGCACCAAAU